AUAUAAAUGAGUAGAAAGCAACACUUUAUUGAGAGAGAUGAUAUGGAGGAAUAUUCAGAUAUUUCUUAUCGAGGUUAUUAAUUUACACCAAAAAAAGGGUUCGAAAUGGCCCUUAUUUGCGGUUCAUACAAAAAUCUUCACUCAAGUUCUAGAUAAUAGAGAUCAAAUUUUUCAAGACAGAGUCAGUAAUUUUAUAACAAUUCUUCAAAGUAAACGAAGGCAAACAAUCAAGUUCAAGCAUUUGAUGAAGUGCUCUAAUAAAAGGAUUACAGUUCUAAGAAACAAAAACCAAUGCCCCAUUUCGGGUCCUUCAGUUAGGCUCAACCGCAGGAGAGUUUCUGUAAGGAAGAUGAGGACGAAAAAUUAUUUUACAAUUAGUUAGGGAACAUACAAUAAUAGAUGAUUCAUUUGGAUUAGAUAAUAGAGAAGAUGGAAUAGAAGAUGCAAGACAUAAAGAUUCAGUAGUUAAAUUUCUUGAAUAAUAAGAACAACGUAUUGGAAGUUGAGCAGGAAGGCAGCGAUAGACAACAAUACAGAUAAUCAAACAAUAAUGGCAGUUAAUGGAAGGUGUUCAGUUUGAAGAAAGAAAUCCAAAAUGAUUAAAUAGGUAUCGCCUUUCAUUCAUCCUAGUUGAAUUGGGGAAAGCUGAUGAUUUCGAGAAAUACUAGAUAGUUUACAUAUAGCAAAACAUAAAUGGAUUGGUAGGCAGAUUGAGUGAUUUGCUCUAAAACCAAUCGCAACAGAGAUUGAGUUUUAGAAAUUCUGAAAAUGAUGAGGGGGUAGAAAGUUGUUUCUCCUUCAAUCGAAACUCGAAUCGGUUUGUAAAGAUUUAUAAAUGCAAAUUCUGUUCUCAGAAGUUUCAAAAGGCCUGUUCUUUGGGGUAUAGAUUUGAUGUAAUUUUAGUGGCCACAUUUCGAGAUCUCACAAGGAAGAGUCUUAGUAAAGUAAGAAGGAGGCUUAACCGAUAAAGAAGACGAGCAUCUAGAAAUAAAAGAAAGCAUCUUUGUAAAAAUCAAUAGGAAUGUAGCUCAUGAGAUUAUGAAACAAACAUUAAAUAAU